CCAAUCAGCGCCCUGUCUCUGAGCCAUAUCUGAUGGAGCGCACCUUGUGGGGCCCGGCUCGCCCUGUGUACCACUUCUUUGGGGAGAGCUACUGAGGAGCCGCUGUUCUUUCAGCUGUCCGCUGCAGUACGCAGCCAUGGGCAUCCGAGGCAUGCUACGAGCUGCAGCGCUUCUGCUGCUCAUCAGGACUUGGCUGGCAGAGAGCAAUGGCCCCAGUCCCACCCCAAAAUUCCACUUCGAGCUCUCCUCCAGUAUGCCCGAAGUCAUCCUGGAUCUCUUCAACUGCAAAAAUUGUGCAAAUGAAGCUGUGGUUCAAAAGAUUUUGGACAGGGUACUGUCGACAUAUGAUGUCCGCCUGAGACCAAAUUUUGGAGGUGCCCCUGUGCCUGUGUCAGUAUCCAUCUAUGUCUCCAGUAUUGAACAGAUCUCAGAAAUCAAUAUGGACUAUACAAUCACAAUGUUUUUGCAUCAGACCUGGAAGGACACACGCUUAGCUUACAAUGAGACCAACCUGAACCUGACGCUGGACUAUCGGAUGCAUGAGAAGCUCUGGAUCCCUGACUGCUACUUUGUGAAUAGCAAAGAUGCAUUUGUGCAUGAUGUAACUGUGGAGAAUCGUGUGUUUCAGCUUCAUCCAGAUGGGACAGUGAGAUAUGGCAUCCGACUUACCACAACAGCAGCCUGUUCCCUGGAUCUGCAAAAAUUUCCUAUGGACAAACAAGCGUGUGAGCUGGAGGUGGAGAGCUAUGGCUACACCAUCGAAGACAUUGUGUUAUCCUGGGAAGAUGAUAAUGCCAUCCACAUCACUGAUGAGCUGCACAUCCCUCAGUUUACCUACCUGGGGAGGACAAUUACCAGCAAGGAGGUUUAUUUCUACACAGGAUCCUACAUGCGCCUGAUAGUGAGGUUCCAGGUUCAGAGGGCAGUCCGCACGUACAUUGUGCAGGUCUACUGGCCAGCAGUUCUCACCACCAUUCUCUCCUGGAUAGCAUUUUGGAUGAACUAUGAUUCCUCCGCAGCCAGGGUGACCAUUGGCCUAACUUCAAUCCUUGUCCUGAGCACCAUCGACUCACAUAUGCGGGAUCAACUCCCCCAUAUUUCCUAUAUCAAAGCCAUUGAUAUCUACAUCCUGGUGUGCCUGUUCUUUGUGUUCCUGUCCCUGCUGGAGUAUGUCUACAUCAACUACCUUUUCUUCAGCCAAGGGCCUCGGUGUAAUCGCAAGAGAUGCAGAAAACCCAGGAGAGUGGUUGCCCGAUACCGCUACCAAGAAGUGGUGGUGGGAAAUGUGCAGGAUGGCCUGAUUAUUGUGGAAGACAGAGUGGAAGACAGAGCUGGCCCCCUUCCUAACAUCCCCAUGCAGGGUCAUCUAGCAAGCCAAGAAAGUCUCAGAUCCGUGGUGUUCACCUCAGAGCAGGCCCAGCUGGCUGCCUCGGAAAGUCUCAGCCCACUCUCUUCCAUCUCGAGCCAAGGCCAGUUGGCCACUGGAGAAAGCCUGAGUGAUCUGCCUUCCAGCUCUCAGCAAACUCUGUAUGACUGUACCAUUCCCUUCCAUGGCUUCCUCACUGAUGACAGUAUUAUCCCCAUCAAAAUCAACAGCCGCUCUGAGGCCCAUGGUGAUGAAGACUCCGAAGAGACCCUAAGCUCUGAUGAGAGCCAUGGCCAUGGAAGCAGUGGAAGGCUUAUGCUGCACAGUGGACAGAGGUGUGUGCAAGAAGCAAGUUGGGACCUUGAUAAGAUUGAGAGCAUACAGGAUGACAUCAGUAUCCAGAGCAGCUGGCUUGGCCUUGAUGAACAACGCAAGGGGGAUGCUGAGAGUAUCUGGAGCCUUAUUGAUGAGGAGAUCAUGGCCUGUGACCAAGAGAAGGACAGUAGCUCAGAGUCUGAGGAGAGUUGCCCCCCAAGUCCUGGGUGCUCUUUCAAUGAAGGGUUCUCUUUCCAGCUCUUUAACCCUAACCGGGCCCCUAAGGUUGACAGGUGGUCCCGUUUUCUCUUCCCUCUUUCCUUCGGAUUGUUUAAUGUGGUUUACUGGUUGUACCACGUCUAUUAGUUUCCCAUACCCCACAGCAGCAGAGAUAAUAUGUGUUUCCUUCGGAGUACUUUUGGUUUUGUUUUUCCCUCUUCCCUCUGAUCAUUUGCUUUGGCAGUUGUUUGGCGCAUUCAAAUCCAUUGGGCACUUCUCUUUAUUAUGAAGUAAGAAGGAGCCGGAGAAAACGUGUAGCUAGAGGUGAAAGACUGAGGAAGGCUUGGAGAUAGAUUGCACAGUGAUUUCCUCCUGCUAGAAAAUUCUCACCUUUCAAACACUUUGAACAGUCUAUGGACCUAGACAUGCCCUUGGAGGUAGUUAGAGGACAGAAAAGACCAGGGUGCAAAAUGAGCAUAAUCUG